AUGAGAAAGCGGAUCCAAGACCAGGCCCUUAUUGAGGAGCUGAGGCUCCAAAUCCAGCCGGGCCCCGGCCUGCGGCUGGGGGCCCGGGCCCGCGGGGGGCUGGUCCGGGCCGCGCCGGGCGCCCGCUUCCGCCCGCGCCUCCACGGCCCCGGCCUGGCCGACGGCCGCUGGCCCUGGGCCCCCGCCGCGCCGGGCCCCGCCCUCCCGGUGGGCGAGGGGCGGGGCGAGCGGGCGGCCCCGCCCCCGGCCCCGCCCUCGCCGGCCCCCCGGCUGCUGGCCCCGCCCUCGCCGGCCCCCAAGCUCCCGCCCCCGGCCCCGCCCUCGCCCCCCCGGCUGCUGGCCCCGCCCCCGGCCCCGCCCUCGCCGGCCCCCCGGCUGCUGGCCCCGCCCCCGGCCCCGCCCUCUCCGGCCCCCCGGCUGCUGCCCCCGCCCCCGGCCCCCUGGCUGCUGCCCCCGCUGCUGGCCCUGCUGCUGGCCCUCUCCGCGCUGCUGCGGGCCCUGCAGCUCGGCUGGCUCUGGCCGCAGCCCGGGGAGCUGGGCCUGCUGCGGGGCCGCGGCUCGGAGGCGGAGCGCGAGGCCGGCCAGGCGCUGGCGAGGCCCCGGGGCCCCUUCGCCCUCUGCUCCCUGCUGCUGCUGAGCUCGCUGGCCAACGCCGCCCUGGCCGUGCUCGCCUGCUGGGCCCUGCGGGCCCUGGCCCCUGCCAUCCUGGCCGCGGCCGGCUUGGUCUUCCUGCUGGCCGAGCUGCUGCCCUUCGCCGUCUGCGCGCGCUGGGGGCUGGUGCUGGCCCCCCGCGGGCGCUGGCUGACCCGGCUCUGCAUGCUGCUCACCUGCCCCGUCUCGCUGCCGCUCAGCAAGCUGCUGGAGCUGGCCCUGCGGCGGGACGCCAGCCCCUGCCUCCUGCGGGAGACGCUCGCGGACACGGUGCGCGGCAGCGACCCGUACGACGAGUUCGUGCGCGAGGAGUUCAGCAAGGGCGCCCUGCGCAGCAAGACGGUGGAGGACGUGCUGACCCCGCUGGACCAGUGCUUCAUGCUCAACGCCAGCUCCGUGCUGGACUUCCGCAGCAUGUCCAUGAUCAUGCAGAGCGGCUACACCCGCAUCCCCAUCUACGAGGAGGAGCGCACCAACCUGGUGGACAUGCUCUACCUCAAGGACCUGGCGCUCGUGGACCCGGACGACUGCGUGCCACUCAGCACCAUCAGCAAGUUCUACAACCACCCCCUGCACUUCGUCUUCAACGACACCAAGCUGGACGCCGUCCUGGAGGAGUUUAAACGAGGCAAAUCACACCUGGCCAUCGUGCAGAAGGUGAACAACGAGGGUGAGGGUGACCCCUUCUACGAGGCCAUGGGGCUGGUGACACUGGAGGACGUCAUCGAGGAGAUCAUCAGGUCGGAGAUCCUGGACGAGUCGGACGACUACAAGGAGAACAAGGUGCGGAAGAGGCCGGCCCCCAUGGGCACCCUGCUGGAGCACAGGAAGGAAGAUUUCUCCUUGUUCAAAGGCUCUGACGACGAGCACAAGGUGAAGAUCUCUCCGCAGCUCUUGCUGGCCACGCAGCGCUUCCUAGCCCGAGAGGUGGAUCUGUUCAGCCCGGCCCGCGUCUCCGAGAAGGUCCUGCUGCACCUCCUGAGGCACCCCAGCGUCAGCCAGGAAGUGAAAUUCAACGAGCGCGACCGCCUGGCCCCCGAGCACUACCUAUACCAACGUGGCCAGCCGGUCGACUACUUCGUCCUGGUCCUGCAGGGCAGGCUGGAAGUGGAGAUCGGGAAGGAGGGGCUGAAAUUCGAGAACGGCGCGUUCACCUACUACGGCGUCUCGGCACUGAUGGCGCCCUCCUCGGUUCACCAGUCGCCAGCGUCCACCCUGCGGCCGAACCAGUGUGAGCAGCCGCUCGACUGCAGCGAGAACACCGCCUGCCCCCCGUACUGCCCCGACUACACCGUCCGGGCACUCACCGACCUGCAGUUCAUCAAGGUGACCCGGCUGCAGUACCUCAACGCCCUGAUGGCCUCCAGGAUACAGCCAUCCCCCCAGUCGCCCGACAGCGUGGAGCUGAAGAUCGUCCCCAACAGCCAGACGAAGCUCCUGGACGACAGGAACACUGUGCCAGCCACGCGCUCUCUCUUGGGCACCCCUGAGCUCUGCAGUUGAUGGCAGGUUCUGCGCGAUCCCUGGGGUUACUGAUGGGCAGGAGGAAAAAGCAGCCAGCCGCUUGGGGAAGACGAGAGCACGGGCAUGGAGCCCCUCCCCCCCGCAGGACCCGCUGAUGUCAGCGUGGGAGCUCUAGGCUAGCAUCCUCCCGGCUGUCCUAGCCGCCCCUUGGCUGGCAGUUGGUCCCCGGGGACUCUCCUGACAGCAGCAGUAAUCUCAUGGGGCGGGAUGCCCCAGACGCCCUCCGCACCCCCCUGCUGCCCUGAAGGAUGCCAGCCACUUGGACUCUGCUCCAGAGGAUCUCGCUGCAUCAGGACCAACUGCCAGGGCAGCCAGAGCUGGAUUCCAGUCCACGGGAGAUCGCCCCAGUCCCCCCUCAGUGGCCGGAGCCCUGGGCAGCGUCUGUGCCAACAAACCUCCAGGGAGCAGCGCGCCCAGAUCGAACCAGACCUGCUGGGGGCACCUGGCGAGCUGGGUGGGGGCCGCAGGAGAGAUGCAGGUGGCGGGUUGUGGGCUGGUUCCUCCAUGGGGUGCCCUGUGUGUGUCCCUGGACUGGGCAUUCCUCUCCUUGGUGUGUUCUCUGCCAGGCUGCCCUGGGCUGUCUCUCCUCUGCCAGCAUCAGCCUGGGCCAUUCCCCUGUGCCCGCCAAGCCAGCUCUGCUCCAGGAGUCCUGCUGGGAUUCUUUGGCCUGCCCCAGGGCAGAGCCGUGUGAUCAGCUACCUGUCUAGGCUUCCCUCCCCAUGGGGCGCUGGGUGCCACCCCACCCCGGCCACUCAGUGCGAAACACCCUGCCCUCCUGAGCCAGGGCCCAUCGCCACCAGCCCCUUCCAGUGGCUGCCAGCAGAGAGCCCACACGGCAGGCUGGGAGCUCUGGCCUUGCCAGUCUUCACAAGUGGGCCCCGGUGGGGCUGCCCAUCCGUCAACUGGGCUGAUUGCUGGGGGGCACAGUCCUUGCAGCCCUCCCCUGCCCUACCCCCCAAGGAUGAGCGAUCACAGGGGCCCCAGGCACCUGGUGCCUUGAUUGCAGACAGCAUCAGAUGGUCUCCUGAGCAGCCCUAUGGACCGGAGAUCCCCACACGUGGGCGCAGGGACAUUGCUCGGCCGCCAGCCCCGGAGAGCUCGCGGCCGCCAGGGGGCGAAAGGUCUGCCAUGGACGCAGUCCGCCUGCAGCCGGGCCCGCCCCUCGUCCGGGCGCAGGGCCGCCAGCCGCAGCACAGGGCGCCGGGCUGGACACCUGCCUUGUGUGCUCAUCUCCACCGCCAGUGUGUUCAGUCCGUGUGAAGCUGGGCGCCAGGAGCCGAGUGUCUCUGGAGCGGCAGAGCCUGGCGAAGAGCCGGGGCCACGCAGGUAAAGGAGUUGUAAUCUG